UACUGGCUCGACCCGUGCUGGGUACCAACGUAUACGUUCACUCAAAUGCUACCCACAUCUACCAACCAAGAUAGUCAGCCGGCCAUCCCCUCCUCGCCCGAGGCUGCGUCUUCGCUGGCCAGCCUUGCCAACCGGAACACGGACGGAGAGCCCACAACGAAGCGGUUCAAGCCCAAGAAGGCCGACUUCAGGCAGCGCGCCCAUUGUAACCCCUUGAGCGACCCACUGAUGCAGUACCCUGUGUCGCCUCGCCAUGUGGACUGGUCUAUGCACUUCCCCAAGUACUUUCACACUGACAGGAGUCGGGAGGAGUGCGAACAGACUAUCUUUAACAAUACUAAAGAUCAUCCUAUCGAAUACGAUUCCUCGCUGAUCUACGACCACCCCGUUCGUAACAAUUUCAUCCUCGACAUCGGAUGCGGAUUCGGAGGUCUUCUGGUAUCUCUCGGACCGCUAUUCCCAAAUAAUCUCAUCAUGGGUAUGGAAAUUCGAGAGCAAGUGACCAACUACGUGGGCGAGCGGAUCCGUAGCAUGAGACUUUCUGAUGGACCUUAUAAGGGUGAUAACAUCGCCGUUAUCCGAACGAACGCUAUGAAGUUUCUGGCCAACUACUUCCCAAAGGGCUCGUGUGACAAGAUGUUCUUUUGCUUCCCCGAUCCUCAUUUCAAGAAGCACAACUGGAGACGGAGAAUCAUAAACGACCCUUUGAUGAGCCUGUACGCGUAUGUGUUGAAGCCAGGUGGAUUGCUGUAUACCGUUACUGAUGUGGAGGAUCUCCACGUUUGGAUGAGGGACUGUGGCGAGCGUCAACAUGAGCUUUUCGAGAGGGUCACCGAUGCUGAACUGGCGGGAGACCCUUGCAUAAAAUGUAUUGAGAAUGACACUGAAGAAGGAAAGAAGGUCAAGCGGGCUGGCAAGCCCUGCUACACUGCCGUGUUCAGGCGUCGUUGUGACCCUCCCUCACUGAUCGACCAGGCGGCCUCUUACCACAGAUUCCUAGAGGAGGCUGCGGCCCGGCAAGCGGCCGCUGCCGUGGCCGCUGGAGCUCUAGGUCUUUAG